UAGGGCCAAGAGCACGACCCAGUCACUGUGGACAGAGCGUCCUGUUACUCCCCUACAAUUCCGUCCGAGGAUCUCAACCAAUUCUAAGCUACAAGCGACUUCCCCUCUCCCCUCCGAAGCUAUUAACACGAUAGUUGGGAAGAUCAAAGGCAACGUUGAAUAUUGUAUCGUCGGUGAAGAAGGGAUGAUCACGUCUAUCUACCAAGAACCUGUCGACAAGUGGUUCUCGGAAUUCCUUCCGGGAAAAUAUGGUGAAAACCUUAGCUUCGAACCGAAGGAUCUCCCUGAAGAACUCCGGAAUAAGCCAUUCCACUUCAAUGAUAUCAAGAUCGACCACACUGGUGAAAAGUAUCAGUAUAGCGAAAUGGAACUUUGUAGUCUUCUGUGUCCUGUAAUACAAAGUGUCUUCGAUCUUGCCGCCUACAGUUCGACUGAAGAUCCUGGCUACAAUGCGCUACAGAUCAAAGAUACUAGUGUCUGGGAAGAAGAAAGCGAUUGUUCACAAUGUCUCGACUUGUCCGUCCACAAGGUCACUGCAGCUCAGGCCUUUCGUCUCGACGACGCCAGCAAGGCCAAUGUCACUGACGCCCACAGAGCUUUCGUUGGACGUACUGCCUACUCGUGGACUCUGCUUCCUGGGCAGGUUAAGGUGGGGAAAUCUAAAGAAGGUUUUGGUCUGAACCCGAAAAGAUUGAACCUACCAGAUACCGAUGAUGCUUGCGAAACCCGUGGGCAGUUUGCCGAACAUGUCACUGAGAUUCUUUCGAGGCAGCAUCGCCAGUUUACCUUUGCUUUCUACAUCUAUAGGAACUUGGCUCGGCUCUUUGUGGUUGACAGGGUUGCUACUGUCAUGACCCCUCCAUUUGACUACGUCGAAGAUCCCAAGACCUUCUUGAAGUUUUUCUAUCGUCUAGCCCAAGCAGAUGGCGUCGCCCAGGGUUAUGAUCCUACCGUUACUCUCGCAUCGUCUGCUCAUCUACCAACUCUCAGAGAACACAUGGCGAGGGACCACGGGCCGAUCGAGACCCUCAUUCAUGACGCGAUGGACGACGCAUUGCUAUAUGGUGUAUCGUCCAUAUGGCCCCUUUACACGGUAGAAGUCCACGAUGACGAAUCUGGUGAAAAAUCGUAUUUCCUUAUCGGAAAACCUCGAACUCCCUGCUCUUCCAUGUUUGGUCGUGCGACGAAGGGCUUCAUUGCAUUCGAUUUGGUUCAACAUGAUUUUGUCUGGCUGAAAGAUAGUUGGCGUUCGGCCUCGCAGCGCUACCAUCCUGAAUGGGAAGUUUACAGGAAGCUGAAUGCUAAGGGUGUCAAAAACAUUGCUACUAUGCGCUGCGGUGGUGACGUACACGACCCAAAGUUACAAUGUACCCGUACGCAAGAAGCUAUUACUGACCGUUCUCUGAAGAGUAGGAUCCACUGUCGUCUCGUCAUUAACGAGAUUGGACGGCCUCUAGGAACGUAUGAGACAAGUUAUGACCUUAUUUUUAUAAUAGCCUGUGCAUUCAAAGCACAUUCACAAGCUUGGGAGAUGGCCGAAGUGCUUCAUCGGGAUAUCAGCGAUAACAACGUCCUGAUCAUCCAAGAGAAGAUUGAUGGGAAAUACGAGAUACGUGGUAUACUCAUAGACUGGGACUUAUGCAAGUACAAAAAGCAGUUGGAGGAGGAUCGUGUUGCCACAAAUGACGAUCAAUCUGGAACUUGGCAAUUCAUCUCCGCAUUGCGGUUGCAGUAUCCCAGGAAGUUCUGCGAACUGGCGGACGAUAUUGAAUCCUUUUUUCAUCUCAUCACAUGGUGUGCUCUCCGUUACCAUCAGCAUAGCCUUUUGGGCAAGCCAAAAGCUCUCACGAUGCAUGUUAACGAUAUGUUCUUGGAUUGCGCGACUUCGCCGGAAGGCUUACUUUAUGGUUGUGAGGAGAAGUUCAGACUCAUGACAGGGAGCAAACUUGGUUUCAAAAUCCUCCAUGACGAGACUUUCAAGGACGUCAUGAACAAACUUUUGCGCAUCUGUCAAAGUCAUUACCGCAGCCUUGACUGGCAUGACUUGCAACGGUUCCGACCAGCUAGCAUUAGGGAAGCCCAGGAAAAGAAGAAGUCUCAAGCGCAGACUGUGUCAAUGUCACCGUCCUCCUACCAGCGGAGGCUACAGGCGGCUUUGCCGGACAUUCCUGCGGCCAGAGUUUCUUACGGCUACAAGCCUGAUAACUUAAACACGGAGCAAAUUAGUGAACCCACACUGGCCAGCCACAAGUACUUUUUUCAAGUCUUGGGUGACGCUAUCCAGACGCAUGAUGGUUGGGAUCUCGAGCCUAAACCGCUUGGUCGCGACAACUUUGCCGAUCUCCUCGACUUGAACCUCACUGUUGGGCGGCUCACGGUGACCGGAACUACUCAAUCCAAUAUGACUUCAUCCUAAAGGAGAAAACGCUCUGCUCUAGUUCGUAUCUCUAGAAAAAAUAAGGAAGAUGGGAACAUCAUGACAUGUGGUUAGCGUGGAUACAUUUUCGUCCCUGCUGGGGGUGCGCGAUGUGGACGCCGACCUGGAAGACGAAGUGCGAGUGGAAACUGACUUUAGAGGCCGCUCAUUAAGAGAAGAUGCGAAUCUAUGUAAUAUACGAGUAUGGUAUAAGAAAAACAUUCUGCUGGCAAGCCCAUGUUUGUCUUUG